AUGGAGGCGAUGGGCCAGGUGUCGAUACAUCGCGCCGAGGAAGCCAUCAGCACGACCGUAUCGCUCCUUCAACGGCUCGACCGCGACGGUGUGCAGACAUGCAGUGCCGAAGAUCGGGUGAUCUAUGAAAAGCUGAUUGUCGAACACGGCAUGAUCGAUGCAAUCGGUCUGGCGGAUGCCGCGGGGCAACGCAUGUGCAUCUUUCCGGAUCGUGAACUGGCCGGCAAGAUCAUCUUGCCACCGGUCAGGACAGACGGCCCGCUCGUCGGUAUCGGCAUGCUGGACCGGGAUUACCUGGGAGCCCGGGCGGCGGUAAUCAGCUGGGACUUGAAAGAUCAGACACGCUUGUUCGCCGAAGUCACCCCGGCGGUCAUAGCGAUGGACCCCGGGCCGGAAUAUCUGCGUUCCUACCGCAGGGCGGAGCUGCGUCUUGGCGACAAUCUGCUGUGGUACAAUGUCGGCGGUUACAAUUCCGAGGAAUCGAGUCCGGAAAGUGUUCUCAGCGUUGAUGUCACCUCAGAGCUUUACCCGCUCGUUGCCAGGAUCACCGCGCCGGCAUCGGCGGCCCUUUAUGUGGUCAAGGAUCUAAAGGUCGUUGCGGCAGCAGCCUGCGCCGGGAUCGCGGUUUUGUUCGUCGCAAUCGGCAUCUGGUUGUCCUGGCGGCCGGAGAGCGAGGCCAAUGACGAAUUCAUUGCAGCGAUCAGCAAUGGAGAAUUCAUUCCUUUUUAUCAGCCUGUUAUGGAUAUCGAGAGCCUGCGGUUGCGUGGUUGUGAAGUGCUCAUGCGCUGGCGCCGUCCCAAUGGCACGAUCGUGUCGCCGGGCCAGUUCAUGGCUUACGCUGAAAACAACGGUCAUAUCUUUGACAUGACCCGGCACAUGAUGCGCGUUUCCUGUGAGGAGGUUGGCAAGCUCUAUGGCGAGAAUCCGGACUUCAAGCUGUCGAUCAACCUAUUUGCAGGCCAUUUCCAGGAUCGCGAAGUCGUUGCCGACAUCAAGUCCAUUUUUGAAAAUUCGAACAUAUCGUUCCAACAGAUCGUGGUGGAAGUAACAGAGCGGCACCCUUUGGAAGACAUGGAACAGGCCCGCAAGAUCAUGGCAGAGCUGCAGGCGCUCGGUGUUCGCAUUGCGCUGGAUGACGUCGGCACCGGUCACGGUGGUAUGGCAUAUUUGCAGAAGCUCGGCGUCGACAUCAUCAAGAUCGACAAGAUGUUUAUCGACACGAUCAGUUCCGACGACAACUCCACCACGAUUGUUGAUUCCAUGGUUGAACUUGCCGACAAUCUUGGGAUGGGCAUCAUUGCCGAAGGUGUCGAACAGGAAGAGCAGAUCGAACGUCUGCUCGAACUGGGUGUUACCGCUGCCCAGGGGUAUUAUUUUGCCAAGCCAAUGCCGGCGAAUGAAUUCAUCGAAUUCGCUGCACGUACGGAAGAAGAAGCCCGUGAACGAGGGCGUCUGGCUGCUGAGGCAGCCGCGGCGGAACAGGCCGCCAACGAAGCCGCUCUCGCGGACGCCGCUGCCUGA